AUGGUCAUUAAAGAAUGGGAAAGAAGCCCCACUACUGCGAUUAAGAACCUUAUAAUGCGUUUACCUAACGAGCAUUUAUUCUACUGCAUCCUAAAUUUACUGACGUUAACCCUAUCGACAGGGUGUAUGAGCAAUUUCAAGCUUCACCAGGCAAUCGCCAACGCAUGGUUUCGAACUAGUGUACGCGGCAUAAUGGAACAGCCUCAUUUUGCCGUUAAUACUGCAUUUCAACACGUCUUUAUCGGGGAAAAGAGUAAUACAAAUGUGCUUGGACUGCAUCAUGGUGGCAGAGCAUUUCUGCUUUACGAUAGUGGUAGACUUCACCUGCUAGAUGUGAACAGAAGGCACCAUAAAUACAACAUACUCGAUUUUUCAUUUGAGUGGGAUGGAUUGCUGAAAAAAAGGAGCACAAUUUUCUUCGGACUUCCAGUCGAGUUUGAGAUGUUACUUUACUUCAUUAGCUGCAUCUACUCCAAACAUGGUGAAUUUAGAUUACUACUGGAUAAAGAAGAGAUCAAAAUCAAAAACUUUAUGGGAACAAAUUGCGACCGGUUUAUUAACGCUACGAAGGUGAAAACUGCACCACAUCUUAUUUGCCUCGCUAAAAAUAGGUUUAGGCAAUAUCAUCAAGAUGAGAGGUAG